AUGCCUGUGCUCGCAAUUACCGUGGCAUCAUGGUGGUGUGGCUGCGGCUUUCCUGUCGUCGCGAAACUCCGUCUGGUGUGGAGCUGGAGCCUCGGCCGAGCCAAAACACCGACUUCUGACGUGCGCCACGCCAAGGUCGGCUCUGCAAUAUCGCUAUACCUCUGGAAUCCUUGGACAGAAAAUGCCGCGUUAGCAGAUUGUACAAGGUAG